AUGUCCGCCCCGACCGAGCAGCACUGCUGGCUCCUGAAGAGCAAGCCCGAGAAGGCGAUCCAGCCCGACACCUUCGAGUACGUCACCCGCCCCCUUCCCGAGUUGAAGGACGGCGAGGUCCUCGUCCAGGUCAAGUACAUCUCGAACGACCCCGCUCAGCGCGGAUGGAUGCAGAAGGACGCCGACCCGAAGCGUCUCUACGCCCCGCCCAUGAACGAGGGCGAGAUCGUCCGCGCCUACGGCCUCGGCACCGUCCUCAAGAGCAAGAGCGACAAGGUCAAGGAGGGCCAGUACUGGUACGGACCCUACGGAUGGACCGACUACUCUGUCAUCCCGGCUGACAAGCUCCUCGCGCCUGCUGUCGACCUCCCGGGCAUGGAGGCCGCCUCGCUCUCCGUCCUCGGCAUGGUGAGCGUGACGGCGUACCAGGGUGUGUUCGAAGUCCUGGACAUCAAGAAGGAGCACACCGUGGUGGUCUCGGGUGCGGCCGGAGCCGUGGGAUCCUGCGUGGUGCAGCUGGCCAAGAACGUGAUUGGCGCCAAGCGCGUCGUGGGCAUCGCGGGCGGCAAGGAGAAGUGCGACUGGGUCAAGAAGCUCGGCGCCGACGAGUGUAUCGACUACAAGGAGGCGGACUGGAGGGAGCAGCUCAAGCAGGCGCUGCCCGAGGACUGCGACCGCUACUAUGAGAAUGUGGGCGGGGACAUCUUCAAUGAGAUGCUUGGAAGGAUGAAGCGGUACGGCAAGAUUGGCGUUUGCGGUAUGAUUGCGACCUACAACGACCGCGACAACGCCAAGUACAACAACUUCUUCGAGGUGAUCAGCAACCGCCUCACGAUCGAGGGCUUCAUCGUGAUCGACAUGAUGCUGCAGGGCAAGUACCAGACCGCGGUCGAGAACCUCGGCAAGUGGAUCAAGGAGGGCAAGAUCACGACCGACGACAAGGAGUACAUUGUCUCCGCGCCCAUCUCCAAGUGUCCCGAGGUGUGGCAGAAGCUGUUCUCGGGCCAGAACCGCGGAAAGCUCAUUACCAAGGUUGAGAACUGA